AAAAGAGAUGGAAAAUAUUAAUAUUGCAAAAAAAGAAAGAAAGAAAGAAAGCACAGCAAAGCAAAGCAAAGCAAAGAAAUGAAGAGGGAAAAGGCCUCGGUCCUCGUUACAAAUUUUUUGGGUUUUUUUUCCCUGAGAUGGAAUUAGCAAAUGCGGGAAAAUGGCAGAGAAGAUGGGGGGAGCGGUUUUUUGUUGGUCGCUCUUUCCCUUUAAGAAAAGCACCAGCAGCAGCAGCCAGCCGGCAGCAGCAGCAGCAGCAGCCAAUGACAAUCCCAAAAACGAGGUUCCAGACUUUGGAUGCGAAAGGACGCUUUCCGCACUCUUCCUCUUAAUUCACAUUGUUUUAUUGUUUUUUGUGAGCAUGCAAAGGGAUAAUAGUAAGCAAUCCCAGAGAGAGAGAGUGCGACCACGCACCGCCAAACAACUCUUGUUUCUGUGUCUGUCUGUGCAACAAGAGCAAUUGUUUUGGUUUUUUUUCUUUUUGAUGUUGCCGUUUUGCGAAAGAAUACCAACAAAAAGAACAGUAAAACUCUGUCUUGUGUUCAAAAAAGUAUUUUUACAUUCAGUAUUUUGUGUCCCCGCCCCCCUUUUUUCUCUUCCUCGUGGUUUUCCAUCUACUUUUCUUCUAAGCUUGGCUUUUUUUGUGACUCGGAAAAAACAAUAGCAUGAAUCCCGCACUUUAGAUCUUUUGUAUUUGUGACAAAAGAUAUAACGUGAUGUUUAAAGUGUCACCUAUAAAAGCAAAUAGAGAGCAUACAAAAGUAGUACGGUUGCAAGCCGGUUUGCUUUUGCUUCAUUUGCCGCAAUGUAAUGUGAAUAACGAUAAACAAGGAUCUCAAUGUGUCAGUCGAGCACCAGUGUAGCCAAGAGCAUGGCAUGUUUUAUCCUAUCCUUUAUAUGAGCGAGAAAUCAUCUGUUGAUCGCUGCAGACGAGACCGCUUAAUAUCAGUGGUG